AUAUUAUUUGUUUGUGCUGUGACAUGCCAUGGUAAGAUGAGAAACAAAAGAGAUUCACUAAUCUAACUAAGGGGGCUUGAUGUGAUGAGUUUAGGUAGUGGCCACCCUCAACAAAUUAUAGAAAGUUAGCAAUUGGUAAACUCACUGGUGCAUCAACUUUCUCCUACCUACCCCCUAAUACUCGGCCUUGUCAAGAAGAGGGGAUUUAAUAAAUAGCCUUAUUUGACAUCUCUACCUCACCCUUUAUCAAAAGCUCUCUCCAUAUUUGUUCACUUACCCCUCUUCUUCCCGUUUCUAUCUCCAUCUUCAUCAAACAUAACUAUGGCUACUGAAGAGGUAUUUAUUGAUGAAAUUUCUUAUCCUUCCAAGAUCACUACUACCAAGCCCCUAUCUCUGUUGGGUAAAGGAAUCACCGACAUGGAGAUCCACUUUAUCCAUGUGAAAUUCUAUUCAAUUGGGGUUUAUUUGGACACUGAAGUAGUAAGCCACUUGCAGCAGUUUAAAGGAAAAUCUGCAAAGGAGCUGGAAGAGAAUGAUGAGUUCUUCGAUGCUCUCAUUUCUGCUCCGGUGGAGAAGUUUAUUAGACUUGUGGUGAUCAAAGAGAUCAAGGGUGCACAAUAUGGGGUUCAGAUUGAGAGUUCUGUGAGGGAUAGGUUGGCAGCUGAAGACAAAUAUGAGGAUGAAGAAGAAGAAGCUUUGGAAAAAGUUGUUGAGUUUUUCCAAUCUAAGUACUUCAAGAAACAUUCAGCGAUCACAUACCAUUUCCCAGCAAAUUCUGCCACUGCUGAGAUUGUGGUCACUUUGGAGGGGAAAGAAGACUCAAAGUAUGUGAUAGAGAAUGCCAAUGUGGUAGAGGCCAUCAAGAAAUGGUACCUUGGUGGAUCAAGGGCAGUGUCUUCCACAACCAUUAAUUCUCUUGCUAGCACUCUCUCCGUGGAGUUGUCCAAGUGAACAUAACUUUGCAUUGUGUAAUCUUGGGGUUUUGUGUUGUGUUGCAAAGAUGUAGUAAUUGGGAUUUUCUCCACGCAAUGUUUGCGGAUUUCUGCUUUUCGACUUUUUGGAAUAAUGUUAAUCUUGUAACUUGCCAAAUCCUUGAAUGCUCUAUGUAUGGUUAUUCUUCAUAUUGUUAGAAAUCACUUAAUCAUAAGAGUUAAUCAUCGGUA